UGUCCCAAAAGUGGAACCCCGCAAAUGGUCCAAGCCUAUUUAGAUGACGACGAACAGGAAGAUUUUUUUUGUUGCGCCUUUGCGGGUCGGAGUCUACUCUGCGUCGGAGGAUUUCGUCGGGGCAUUCGCGUCAUUGACGUGCACCGGAAUCGGCUACUCGCCACCUUGGUCGGUCACGGCGACCAAAUUUACGAUUUGCAAGUCUGUCCCGUCGACGAAUGGGUUCUGGCCAGUGCCUCCCGGGACGAAAGUAUUCGGGUUUGGAAUCUCCGUACCUGCACCACCGUCGCCAUCUUGGGGGGACACGGUGGUCACCGGGACGCCGUCAUUAGCGUAGCCUGGCAUCCCUUGGGGCAUUACCUGGCGAGUUCGGGGAUGGAUACCACCGUCAAGCUAUGGGACGUGCGGGAACCCACAACAACGUCUCAGGCGAUUGCAGUAUCCCACCGCCAAGCGCGACGCGCCUUCUUACGCAACAUUCAGGAGCUUACCGAACCGGCCCGUCAACAAUUUCCCAUCUUUUCAACGAAUCAGGUGCACACACACUGUGUGGACUGCGUUCGCUUUGUGGGGGAUUUGAUCCUAUCCAAGUCCACCGAAAACAAAAUCAUCUUGUGGAAGCCACUCUUGACGUUGGAGAACACUUCUUCAUCGUCGCUUUCAUCUAUACUGCUCAAUCCACCCCAGGAGAUCCUCCAUCUGCGUACGUUCGAAUACACUCAUUCGGAUUACUGGUACUUUCGCUUCGCUACCGAUCCCAUGGGCAAGUAUUUGGCCGUCGGAACUGGCAAAGGACAAAUCUUUGUCUGGAAUUUGGCUGAGCACAAGCGUCCGGCCGAAAUUUUGUCUCUACGGUAUCCCGACACUCAACUGAUUCGAUGUGUUUCCUUUUCCGAUGACGGCCAGAUUCUGGUCGCUUCGACCGACAAUGGGGUGUUGUGGAAAUGGGAUAUC